CCACACAGGCAGUGGGAUAUCAGGCUAUGCUAUUCAAUUUGGAUCUGUAAUGUUGAAAUGUUACUCAUUUUAGCAUUAUGUGAUCUUCCAAGACAUUUAUUCAAGCUUUGAUCUAACUUUAUGGGACUCCCAAUCACAACAAGGUUGUGAUACAGCCCAGGAUUCGAACCAGGGUCUGUAGUGACUCCUCUAGCACUGAGACGCUGUGCCUUAGACAGCUGCACCUCUCGGGAUCCCAGUGAUCACCCUUAUCACAGCCUAACCAAAAACAAUCUUCCUGUUUUCUGUGAAAUCUGUCUGAUUUUUUUAACAUGCAAAACAAAACCUCCUUUUGGAUGGGCGACUGGCUGUUGUGUGCACAUGAUUGUUUGGCUAGCAAUGCUAGCUAGCUAAUAGUUUGCAGUCUGUAAAGUGUGGGACUAGCCACUACAUUUCUGUUAGCUAGCUAAUAGUUUGCAGCCUGUAAAGUGUGGGACUAGCCACUACAUUUCUGUUAGCUAGCUAAUAGUUUGCAGUCUGUAAAGUGUGGUACUAGCUACUACAUUUCUGUUAGCUAGCUAAUAGUUUGCAGCCUGUAAAGUGUGGGACUAGCCACUACAUUUCUGUUAGCUAGCUAAUAGUUUGCAGCCUGUAAAGUGUGGGACUAGCUACUACAUUUCUGUUAGCUAGCUAAUAGUUUACAGUCUGUAAAGUGUGGGACUAGCCACUACAUUUGUUAGCUAGCUAAUAGUUUGCAGUCUGUAAAGUGUGGGACUAGCUACUACAUUUCUGUUAGCUAGCUAGCUAAUAGUUUGCAGCCUGUAAAGUGUGGGACUAGCCACUACAUUUCUGUUAGCUAGCUAGCUAAUAGUUUGCAGCCUGUAAAGUGUGGGACUAGCCACUACAUUUCUGUUAGCUAGCUAAUAGUUUACAUAUGUCAGAGUUUUCUAAUUAUUUGUAUUGAUAUCCUCUCUAAGUUGUGAGUUGUAACACGAGCUAAUCAGCCAUCUGGUUCGGUGGUUAGCUCCUUGCACCUUGUGGUGUGCACAUGACCAAUGAACGAGCAGAUGCUGUUUAGGUCAAACGAGGACACUGCUCAGGCUAGCCUGGACACAACCCCCCCCCCAACGUUGAAUUGCAUUGAAUUCCACAUCGGGCAUAAAUGAGCGUUUUUGUAUCAGGAAAGUUACCUCACACGACCUCUACAAGCCAUAAAUCAGAAUGAAAUGUACUUUACCGGUUGUCUGUGCUGUCGGGUGAUAGAAAUAUGAACCCACUAACCAGCACUUUGAAAAGGUUGAUGCAAUUAUGGAUUUCCUGUAUCAUCGUCUUGAAAACUUGACAUUCCUACCUGCAACAACAAAAAAACGCCGAUCAACCGCGUGGACAACCGGUUCAGCAAGUUCCAACAUUCUGCCGUGUAGAAGUCGCAUGAGGAAGCUUUCCUGAACCAAAUGCUAAUUUGUUCCCGACGUAGAGAAUUGAAAUGAAAUUCAACGUGAGGUUUCCGGGCCAGGCGGCGCAUGCUGGCCGAGUCUUUACCCGGAUACUGCAACCUGGGCGGCAGGGUAGCCUAGUGGUUAGAGCGUUGGACUAGUAACUGAAAGGUUGCAAGUUCAAAUCCCCGAGCUGACAAGGUGAAAAUCUGUCGUUCCAAGGCCGUAAUUGAAAAUAAGAAUUUGUUCUUAACUGACUUGCCUAGUUAAAUAAAGGUAAAAUUAAAAAAAAAUCUGUCGGCCAGGACGACCAAGUCCAAACACGUUUUUUUCCCCCUAAGAACAUUUAUCAAAUGACACAUCUUUUAGCUCCACGUUUGUUAGCUUUUUUUGCCUUUUUAUAUUUAGUAGACAAUUCAAUGUUUGUCCCCGUCCCCGUGGUAACAUGGCAUUAGUCCCCGUCCCCGUGGUAACAUGGCGUUAGUCCCCGUCCCCGUGGUAACAUGGCGUUAGUCCCCGUGGUAACAUGGCGUUAGUCCCCGUGGUAACAUGGCAUUAGUCCCCGUCCCCGUGGUAACAUGGCGUUAGUCCCCGUCCCCGUGGUAACCUCACAGACAAUCCAUUUAGACCAGGUGUUUGAAAUGUUUGCUCUUUCCCAGCUAUUAAAAGGCGGCUAUUUAAGAGAUCUAUUUAAGAGACUGCGUUUCAUUGGAAGUUUGACAGUGUAUUUCCCACCAUUUUAAUACGUUGCUGUUAUAGAAGUUGUUGGGUUCAUUGCUUGAUGAUGAUGAUGAUGAUGAUGAUGAUGAUGAUGAUAAUAAUAAUAAAAUGUUGGCUGCUGAAAUAUUUAGGUUUUCCAUCAGGUCUUAUAGGCCUUGUUCCACUCGUGAUCACUGCAACGUUAUAGAAUAAUGUAUUGACAUUAUUGUGUAACUGCUAAAAACAUCUUAGGUUGACCUUUUUUUUUUUACAUUGUUAUGCCAGUAUUGGACUUGUUUUUGGUUUUGUCAAAUGCAGUAGUUUGGGGCACGUGGUCAACUCUUUUAUCAGUUGAUCUCUCUGUGUUUAAUCACAUGUGAAAACUCUACAGCCUUCCUAUCGGUGUAGAAUAUCCUGAUGCAAAGAUACAUGAACAUGAUUAUAUAUAUGAAGCCAAUCACAGAAGUAAACUGCUUAAAAUUCAGGCUCGGUUACGGGUUCUCCUUGCACCUAUUUUACCCACUAUCUUUCUCUGCGGGUGGUGGGGAUGGGUUCCCUUCUCUCAAAACUGGUUUUUAUGAAGCAGGUUUUGAAGUUCAGCUUUCAUGUCUCAACGCUUUGCACCAUGACGUUAACCACUUUGAAAAUAAACACGCUGUUAAGAAUAUUAUCUCGUCAAUAUUAUCGGAAAGUGUAUUAGUGUGGGUUAGUGACAUGAAUUGGUUUAGUUGACUCUCAAGUGCAGUGUUCUGUUUGGUUAUACGACUUUCAGAUCGUUGUCUUGGGAAGAGCCGUUACAACGAACCCUGACACCGUUUAUUGAUUUAUGCACGUAACCUUUCACAUUUUGAUUCCGUCUUCAUUCGAUAAUCAAUAGCUUCCACUUAACCCUACUAAGUCUGAUCUUUAGCUAAACUAGUAAGCCCCGUUUCAUUACUGAAUAAACUAUUUCCCUUGGCAGUCUAUUAUCUUAAAAGUAUGACUGUAAACCUUUUGUUUAAAAAAAAGCUGCUUGCAAUCUUGCAAAUUUCACUAAAGCAGUGCAUGGAGUUUGUAAAAUAAUGUUGUAUGUUUUUCACGAUGACUACUUCUCCCCCUCCUGUCUGUUCCCUGUUUGCUUGCUGUUUUUCUUUCCUCCAGUGAAGAUGCAGGAACUGUCUUCUUCUGCUCUGACCUAACCAACAGAACCCUGAUGAUGUUCUAGAAGCUGUUCUAGAACAGUUUGACACACAACUGAUGUGAAAAGUGUUUCCGUUUGAAAUAGACUUGAAACUGACCAAACCGAUCAAUCGCAGAAAUCCAGUCUGCUUUCCAGUCUGAUUACUACUGUCCAUAGACGUCUCCCAGGGCGAGCCAGAGAGAAGACCAACCAGUAACUCUCCUGUGUGUUUCUCCUCUCCAACUCUUUCAGCUUUGCGUUGCUAUUGGAUCGUUGCACUGCUCCCCUUUCCAGCCCGCUGAAUCAGAUUGGAGGGCUGGGAGUUGGGAUCCCGCCCCUGCAGCUCCUCUUAGGCCACGCCUCCCUGCAGCUGGCCCAGCUCGUUACCGCUGCAACCGCCACUUCUGCCGCCAACCCCCCCCACCACCCUACACUCACCUCCUCUCGCCCCCAUCAACCUCCUCACAGCAGCAGCUACCGGCAAUAACAUGUCCCGUCCCCUAUAUAACCCCUUAGGGGAUCAGUACUCUUCACAGGCCCAGAGAUCUGCCGCCCAGAUGGGGCAGUACGGACUCACACAAUCACAGGCCGGAAGGGACCCUCUGGGGGCCUCCCGCCUUGGUCUGGGGUCUGGUGGUGGUGGUGGUUCCUCCGGCCAGGGAGGCAUGAUGUCCUCGAUGGUGGCCCAGCAGAUGGGGUAUGACCCGGGGCAGAGAUCGACCGGGAUGACCCCGGAGAUGGAGACCUCCAUAGACCACCACAUCCGCGGGGCCAGAGAGGAGGUGAGGCUGCUCAGCCAGUUGAUGCAGCAGAAUAAGAACCAGCAGGUCUCAGUGGACGCCCAAGACCUUCGCCUAAGUCGUGACCCCAUGGACGAGCUCUCGUCUGGGGGAGGGCUGGGAGGUUACACCCCUGGCCGGACCUCCAGCGACCAGCAAAGUUCCAUGGACCCCUGGUCUGGCUUCCUGACCCAGUCUGCUUCCUCCAAACUCUUCUCCUCCACCCUUCCUCAGUACCAAAGCCAAACCUCUGGGUUUGGAGGUGCGGGAGUGCUGGGGUCCACCUCAAGGGGUUCCGAGGCUCCCAUGAGCGCCUCGUCCACAGCCUCUCGUCCAGCCCGGUACACGUCCAAGUCCGCCAGCAGCAUCCUGGCGAGUUUCGGCUUGUCCAACGAAGACCUGGAGCUCCUCAGCCACUACCCAGACGAUCAUCUGACCCCAGACAACCUGCCCUUCAUCCUCAGAGACAUCCGCAUCCGUAAGGCCAAUAGAACUAUGGAUGUGGACCCUCGGCCCAAGGUAGGCGGUGGACCUGGCCCAGGGUCCGACCACGGUGGUGGAGGACAGAGCAAAGUGAUCGAUUACGAACAUUCUCGUGCUACUAAAUACGACAGUUAUGAUGAUGGUGAUAAUAGCCAACCCGAUAAUUACAGCUCGCGCAAUCCGCUCCCGAAAGAGAAGCCAAAAUAUGACAUGGUCAGAGACUCGCUGAGCGGGUACCCCGGCCAUUCCAUGACCUCCGACCUUUCCAAGCAGCGUACCCAACAGCAGCACAUCCACAGACCUGCGGUCCAGAGCCCCAUCCCCAUGACAGACACAGGCUCUCGCAUCAGCCUUCCUCCGCCUUCCAGCCAACCCCAGCAGACCCUCAAAACCCAUGGCUCAUCCUCUAAAGCGACAUCCAAGCCCAUGAACAUCCCUGUCCGCAGCGGAGACCAAGGACUCAGCCGACUCCUGGCGUCCCAGAAUCAAGGCAACGCUCGGGGCCACGCUCAGACCCGGUCCGGCCUGGUGGUUCUUGGUGGUGGUGGUGGAGCUGGGGUCGGAAUUUCAGGACUCAGGGUUGGAGGUGUCCCGGUCGGGGUUCCUCCUCCCACGACACCCCCCAUUUGGCCUUCCAUAUUCCCCAUCAUGAACCCGUCAAUCCCACCUCCUGGUCAUGUCCCGGUGACUUUUCCUCCGCCCCGGAUUGGUCCGAUGCCUUCCAUGCACCAGCAGAUGAACCUACCUCCCCCGAUGAUGAUGAUGACGAAGAGGUUACCGACCCCGACCAUGAUGAGCGAUUACUCCGCAGCUUCUCCCAGAUUCUUUCCUCAUACCUGUUCUCUCUGUAACAUAGAAUGUGCCCAUCUAAAGAACUGGAUCGAGCAUCAAAACACCGGUCUCCACGUUGAGAAUUGCCGUCUACUCGGGACAUCGUAUCCUGAUUGGAACGUGGAAACUGUCGCUGUGUCAAGUAGAAAUGAAAGCAGCCAGUUGUCCUCCAAGCGCCGUCGGACAACACGCUCCGCCUCCCGUUCUUCAUCCUGGUCUCGCUCUCCUUCUCCUCUUCGCCCCUUCUCCUACCACACCCCUUCCUCCUCUACUCGCCGACCUCGAUCCAGGGAACGAUCCCGCGAACGUCGACACAACACCACCACCCGGCGUUCCCGGUCUCCGGGUUCACUUCGGGGCAGGGAGAGAGAACGUGACCCUCCGGCCUCGUCGUCUUCCCACCGGGAUCAGGAACGUCGACCUCAGACAGCCUCUUCGUCCCGGAGGUCGCGCUCUAGGAGCUAUGAGCGGGAGAGAGCGAGGGAACGUCGGGAGACGACGAGGAGGAGCAGCCUGCCGAAGUCUAACAGUGCUGAGAGACUGGCCAAGAAACUACUGGAGUCAUCUGCUGGCCUCUCUCUGUAACCCAUGUCUCCCCUUCCAGCUGGCCUCUCUCUGUAACCCAUGUCUCCCCUUCCAGCCGUCCUCUCUGUAACCCAUGUCUCCCCCUCCCCUUCCAGCUGGCCUCUCUCUGUAACCCAGGUCUCCCCCUCCCCUUCUAGCUGGCCUCUCUCUAUAACCCAUGUCUCCCCCUCCCUUUCCAGCUGGCCUCUCUCUAUAACCCAUGUCUCCCCUUCCAGCUGGCCUCUCUCUAUAACCCAUGUCUCCCCUUCCAGCUGGCCUCUCUCUAUAACCCAUGUCUCCCCUUCCAGCUGGCCUCUCUGUAACCCAUGUCUCCCCUUCCAGCUGGCCUCUCUGUAACCCAUGUCUCCCCCUCCCCUUCCAGCUGGCCUCUCUCUGUAACCCAUGUCCCCCUCCCCUUCCAGCUGGCCUCUCUCUAUAAC